GGCGCCAGUCAGUUUUCGCAGUAGUUCACAGUCACACGAAGUUUCGAGGAGGAAACGUUAUCUGUGUUGUGAGGCGGCUGAGGAGGAAAGCAUGGCCCUAAACGCAGAUGAUGAGGACUUUGAAUGGGAGCCUCCGUCCGAGGCGGAGAUGAAGGUGAUUCAGGCCCGGCGGGAACGUCAGGACAAGAUCAGCAAGCUGAUGGGAGACUAUCUGCUGAAAGGAUACAAGAUGCUGGGAGAAUGCUGUGAGCUGUGUGGGACAAUUCUGUUGCAGGACAAGCAGAAGAAGAAUUACUGUGUUGCUUGUCAAGAGCUGGACUCGGAUAUUGACAAAGACAAUCCAGCUUUAAAUGCCCAAGCAGCACUGACACAAGUACGAGAACGGCAGCUUGCCACUCAGCCUACCCCUGAAUCAAACGGAACCUCAUCCAGCGACCCCCCUCUCUCCAUCACGGGUCAGCCCAGGCCAGAGCACUGCGAGGGUGCAGCGUCUGGACUGAGAGGUCCAGCACUAAAUGCACAGCCCGCUCCUCUUCCUGUCCCCACCGUCAACCCAACUUUUCUGCCACCAUCCAACCCACCUCUUCAGCCUGUGCUUCCUCCAGGUCCCAGCAACACCCUGCUGCACCAUCCAGCGCUAUCAAGCGCAGAAGAGGCAGUGCUACACAAACUCAGAUGGGCCACACAGGAGCUUCAGCACUCGGUGUCAGUGGAGGCCAGUAUUCAGCUCUGCAAUCUGAUCAGAGGUUGUGCUGAAUCUCUGCGCAGCCUGAAAGAACUGCAGCUCUAAUAAGACUGAAUUACAGACAGGGCUGGAACAGCACACACACACACACACACACACAAACUAGUAACGAAACACAAACAGCACUAAUAUAUAGAGUUACAUACUCAGAGGAGGGUUGUUUGUUUGUGUCUGUCUUUGUUCCAAAGCAGCCGAGUAUGUGUCUGUGUGAUGUGUUUAAAUACAUUGCUUGAGCUGCG